AUGAAGUGGUCCCACGCCAAUGGGCUGGCCCUGCCAGUUCUCUCUACUCUCGUCCAAUGGGCAUCCUGCCGGGUCGUCGACUUCAGACUCGACCUGACGUGGGAAGAUAGCAAUGUCGCUGGCAUCUCCCGCAAAGCCAUCUUCACCAAUGGUCAAGUUCCAGGCCCUGCUCUACGCGUGCUCCAGGGCGACCAAGUGAGAGUCAUGGUCAACAACUCGAUGCCAUUCGCAACAACCAUCCACUGGCAUGGUAUCGGCCAGUAUGGCACUCCCUGGUCAGAUGGUGUCCCUGGGCUCAACCAAGCAAUGAUUGAACCGGGCGAGGAGUUUGGCUACGAGUGGACAGCGGUUGAUUACGGAUCAUAUGCCUACCACGCCCACACGAGGGCUCAAAUGGAUGAUGGUCUCUAUGGAGCCAUCUAUGUGGAACCGAGCGCAGACGUGGAGAGACCCUUCAGUCUAAUCAGCAGCCUCCCGGAGGACCAGGACGCGAUGUUGCAGGCCGAAAAGAACACCCAUCCAAUCAUGCUCUCCGAUUGGCGGUCGUUCACUUCGGAUGAGACUCUGCAGAUUGAGGAAGACUCGGGGGUUCAGGCGUACUGUGCUAACUCCAUUCUAAUCAAUGGCAAAGGCUCGGUCAUCUGCCCCCCGCAGGAUCAUAUCAACGACCUGACCCGCUCAGGAGAGCAGACUGCGCUAGGAAACCAGACCAUGUCAGAUAUGGGAUGUAUGCCACCUCUCCCGGCCCGCUUGGGCUUCUUUCCGUUCGACAUCACCAAGAUCCCGACAGGCUACUAUCAGGGUUGCGUGCCCACCGAAGGGCAGCAGGAAGCGUUCUUCGUCGACCCGGCUUCCGGCUAUGUCAGCUACGACGUGAUCAGCAUGACCGGCACGUCCAACCUCGUGUUCUCCAUUGAUGAGCAUCCCCUGUAUAUCUAUGCGGUUGAUGGUCAAUACAUCGAGCCCCUGAUGGUCGAUGCCGUCAACGUGUACGCAGGAGCCAGGUUCUCUGUUCUCGUGAAGCUUGACCAACCGGUUGCCCAAUACACUGUUCGUGCCGCCAACAAGUUUGCCAACCAGAUCAUCAACGGCACGGCAGUUAUGUCCUACGAUGGAGCGGAUCCUACCAAGACGAACACAUCUACCCCUUAUAUCAAUGAGCUCGGUACGGCCAACAAUCAUGAUCGUUCCAUUGUCAUUCUGGAUGAGGCCAACAUUGUCCCAUUCGCUCCGAACCCGCCUGCUCAGGUUCCCGACCAAACCCACAUCCUCAACGUCAACUUGUACAACGCCUCCUAUCGCUGGGUCCUCGGCGAGGCCAGCUACCCGAUGUCCAAUGAAGACCUCUCCCCGGUGAUUUUCAACUAUAGCUCAAUCCCUGCACAAUAUACCAUCACCACCAACAAUGACACCUGGGUGGAUCUCAUCUUCAACAUGACUACGGUUGGGCAGCCGCAGCAUCCGAUCCACAAACACUCCAACAAGUUCUACGUCCUGGGCUGGGGCGAUAGCGCAUGGAACUACUCUUCUGUGGCCGAGGCAAUGGAGUACAUCCCGGACAGCUUCAACCUGAAGAACCCCCAAUAUCGCGACACCUUCCAGACGCCCCCGUCCACACCGAACAAGAGUUGGCUGGCACUCCGCUAUCACGUGGUGAACCCCGGACCGUUCUUCAUCCAUUGCCACCUGUCGAUGCAUGAGAUGGGCGGGUUAGCAUUAGCCAUCCUGGACGGAGUGGACGCCUGGCCCACCGUGCCAGACCGGUACCAACUGCCUGCUGUGGCGGAUGACACCACGCAUUCACUGAUCGACCAUCCCAGAUUCAACUAGCAUGAUGUUAGCAUUCGUCCACCAUUGCAUCAAGCCGGCUCGUACGCAGGCGUCAGCGGCUAUCUCAUUUUCCGCAUCAUAUCCAUAUUCAUUUCCGUUGCAUUUCAGGAC